UUUGGUUAGCAGACUCAAAGCCAGCUGAGCAGAACAUAACCGCAUAGUUUGGCAUCCAAUUUGGGUUUAAUUAUCCGGACAAACAAACACGUCCUUCACAACCUCUCGUCUUCUUCUUCUUCUUCUACGGUUCGAAUUCAAUGGCCCAACACUCACCACCGCCACAACAACACUCCCCUCCUCCUCCUUCACCUCCGGCCGCCACCUCCUCCCUUGCCGCCGAACAACCACAACCCGACCUCUCUUCUCCUCCGCCUCCUCCAUUUGAUCCCAGUCGAAUGAUUGGCAUUAUUAAAAGGAAAGCUUUGAUUAAAAAAUUAGCAGCGGUUUAUCAUGCUGAGUGCCUUGCUUACUGUCAACAGCUACUCGAUUUACAGAACAAAUUUCAAGAGCCAUUUAUUGAUCUAAAAGCCCCUGAUGAGUCGAGGAAAGAACCAGCGAGACCCGCUAAGCGCCAUAAAAAGAGCGCCCGCUAGUAGUAUUAUUUUAUGUGAUGACUCAUCCUCCUUUUAUGCUCUCAACAAGACUUGAUUCCAAGUAGAAAUGGCAAUGAAGAUACUAAUACUGCAACUGUUGCCCUAUUCAUAUACUUGUCUGAUAUAGUAGGCAAUUCUUAUCCAGUCGGCCGCGGGAAUAACACAUGUAUCUUCAUUGUGUAUAAUAUCUUAUGUUUCAUUCGAUCUUCUUAGGAUCAAAAUUAUACCAACUGAUACCUAAUAGGAUGUACUUGGUAGCUGAAAGCUAUUGCUCAAGAUAAGAAUAGAAUUGUUUCAUCAUAUUACUUGUAUGUUAGUACAUGUUUAAACUCACUGGCGAAAACAGAGCCUUUUUUUUGUUGUUACCAAUUUUAUAAAUAUGACCUUUCUUUUGGUGACAA